AAAAUUUCGUAAACAAUGUUGAUGUUAUAUUUGUAAUUGUAUUUAAUGAUUGAAACUCUGAGAAGUUUCACGCUAUUUUGGCAAGAGUAUUUCCACUAAUGACCUGUUGGCGAUGAAAUAUAUUAUCAAUAUCAGCUGACUGAUUUAACAGUUAUAUAUAUAUAUACAAGAGCUUUUGGUAACUUCAUGAAACAACAAGUUUUUAUUUAUUUUCUUCAUCUUUUCUGUACCUUCAUGUGAAUUCUACUAAAUGAAAAGAGCCCAAAUGGAGUUAGAUGAUGAUACUCAUUUGUGCCUGCGCUGUGGAAAGACGAUAAUUGGAUUGGAUUGUUAUGUGUUACAUAGACAGCAGCAAUGUUAUAAGCCUACUGGUUCAUCAGUUUUAUCUGAAAGCUCUAGUAAAGUACCUUCAUCAGAAUCUCCUGUUGAGGAACUGAAUUCUGAUUUGCCUCAGAGUAUUUGCAAACCCUCUGCAGAUGAUUUCUUUCUCUCCCUUAAUCUGCAGAGUAAUCUUAAACAUGAUAAUUCCUUGUCUAAUAUUUCUUGUGGUACUCAAAAAUCAGCAAGCACUGAAAACUUUUGUUCUAGAUUAGAUAUAACUACUUUUGACAAUGAUUUUGAGACUACCUUUUCUGAAAAUAAAGAAAUGUGUUCAAGUAAUAUUGUAGAUGAAACUGAUAGCUUAACCAUGGAUGAAAUGGUAUUAUCUAAUGAAAAAUGGGAUUCUAAUUUUAAAAUUCAUGGUAGUUUUUGUACGGCUUCACAAGGUACUAAAGGAGCUAUUUCAAAUUUUCUUGCUGGUGAAAAUAUUAUGUUACAAAUGGAUCCAGUCUAUGAAGCUAACUCUUUGUGUUCCGACACUUUUACCUACAAAGAAGCUGUUCAUGAAGAAUCACAUAGUGUUGAUAGUAAUCUUUUAUAUUCAAAAGCUGAAAAUAUCAAGGAACAUGUUAAAUCUUUAAGUUUGCCUGAGCUUAGAUUUUCAUUUCGGCAAAAAUUAAAUACUAGUUGUAGUUUGAUGUGUUGUGAUGAUGUAGAGAAAUAUUUAUGUAACUUAUGUGAUCAUGUAUUUGGUUUUCAGGAUAUUUUUCUGGAUCAUCUUCUGUCAUGCAGAAAAACUGACAGUAGCAUUUGGAUAUCUGAAAUUUUCAAAAAUGAAAUUCUUUUUAUUCAUAGCUUACGUUUUAAAUGCCUUCUAUGUUCAUUUUACUGUAAUGAUUCUGUUGUUUUUCUAAACCAUUUAGAGAGUUCUGAUCAUCGUCAAAAUACAGCAUCUUUAACAAAGCCUUUAAUUUGUUUUCCAUGCCAAGAUGAAUGCUGUGCAAGUGAUGAAAUGUUUCAACAUUUUUCUAAAAACCAUUAUUUGUCAGACUACAAAAAACAUCCUGUUAUUAUAACUGAAGCUAAAAAGUCUUUACAUUGUUGUUAUUGUCUGUCAUUUGUUCGCACUGCAAAUCAUUUUCAGUCAAAGGAAAUGUUUCACUUACUUUCAUUUAAUGAUAUUUUGUUUUAUAAAGACACAUUGCCAUAUGUGUCUCCUUGCUGCUAUAGAAUAGACAGUUUUUUGCCAAAUAGUCAUAUUCAGUCAUUAAACACAUUCACUUCCUUAAUAUCGAAUUCUGAAACUCAACAUUCUGAUAUGAUUUCUAAUGGUUUAACUAAUUUGUAUUGUACUCAAGAUAGACUGAAAAAGAAUUCUGAGGUUCCUAAAAAUGAUUGUUGUCAGAUUGUAAAACAGUUGAAUCAAAAUCAUGCUACUUAUAAAGAUAAAAGUAUAUUAGUAAUGCAAAAUGGUGCAAAAAUAUGUGGUGAUACUGUAAUAAAAAAGCCUUUCAGAAAAUAUAAAAAAUCUCUUAAUAAAAAAUUAUGCCAUCUUUCUGCCAAAAAGUAUUCUUGCACUAUAUGUAAAGCUCAGUACUCAAGUAAAAGUGCUUUAAAGCACCAUUUAAAAGCACAUACUUUAAAGAAUGAUAAAGUAAAUUGUAUUUCAAAUGCUUCUCAAAAUAAUCAACAGAAAAAGAUUUAUGUUCCCAAUGUCUAUUUAUGUUCUAAGUGUGGGUAUAGAACUAAAACUGCUCAAAUGUUGACUAGACAUGAGCGUACUCAUACUGGAGAAAGACCAUUUAAGUGCAAAGAUUGCAGUUACUCCUGUUGUUUGAGUAGUCAACUACUAAGGCAUAAAAGACUUCAUUCAGGUUCUAAACCAUAUAAAUGUCCAUACUGUAAAUAUGUAUGUAACUCACAAGAGAAUCUACGAAAACACAUUUUAAAAACAAAAAAACAUAAAGGAAAGAAAAUGUAUAAAUGUCAGUUCUGUGAUUAUGGCUGUAAUGUAUUUUCUGAUUAUAGAGAACAUUUGCUCAACUCUCAUUUGGAACAUUUCCCAAAUGGAGAAAAGGAUAUUAAUUCCUCAGCAGUAGCAGGAAUAUACAAGUCUGUUGUUUGAAUAUAUAAUUAUUUUCAUAAAGUAAUUUAUGUGUUAGAAUUUCUUCAGGAAUUUAAGCGUAAUCUUUUGAUUUAUGUGAAAAUAUAAACAUUUAUUUAAGAAUAUAAAAGAUAUUUAUAACAGGGUUCUUAUGGUCCUUUAUUUAGGUCAAAAUCAGCGGAAGGUCCGUAAUUUUAAUCAUCUGAAAUUUCUGUCUGUUCUUACAACUGCCAUUUUGAGUGUGAAUUAGCGUUUUAGAGAAAUAGUUUUGCUGAUUUUGGCAACUUAUUAUAGGAUAUUUUGAGUCUGAAAAAUAAACAAGGUAUAAUGCUAUAAAGCAUGAUUUACGAAACAAUUCUUAGCAAAAGCAAAAUUUGCUGUGUAAUUGAUUAAA